GUACGCCAUUCAAGCAUGGGGAAAAUGCCGUGUUCUUUCACGGUUUCGCGAGCGCGCGCGACGCGAGAGCAGGUAGCACGAUUUUUUGCCAAGACAUAACAUUGAUUGCUCUUUGUUCUCCUGAUCGAUUGUUUGAACUUCAAACACAGGAGAGAACACUGCAGAGUGUUUAGUUGACAAAACCGGAUCAAAACAAUUUCCCCCGAAGAAUAGAAUCCCGGCUCGUGAAGAAUAACAAAUUGUGAGAUGGCAACCAGUACAGAAAGUCACAUCAAGCGGCCGAUGAACGCGUAUAUGGUUUGGUCUCGGAAGGAACGCCGAAGGAUUGCCGAAGAAUGCCCGAGGAUGCUCAAUUCCGAGAUCAGUAAGAGACUGGGAACGGAAUGGAACUUACUACCGCCUGAAAAGAAAAAACCGUACAUCGAAGAAGCGAAACGACUUCGCGUCGAGCACAAGAAAGACCAUCCAGAAUACAAAUAUCAGCCGAAACGAAAACAAAAGGGGGGGAAUAAGCUCACGAGAGUCUUGGAAAAUCCAUUCCUUGAGACACUAAACGGUUAUCCUCCAAUAAGUUUUCCAAAUAAAUUCGGUAUUUCCUCACCCCCCGUGCUGUUCUCGUUGACCCCAUUUCCCACGGAUCCCGCACAAAGAAGAUCCCCCGUUCUUCACCCAUAUCCCAACGCGUCCCCCUCGUUCCCCCACAACCGCCCUGGGAAUAACAGCGAUACACAUUUUCCUUUCGAGAACGGCAUUGCUAAACAAGACAUGAUAGAAAAUUCUGCAGGCGUAUUUCAAUCGCCAUUCCCGACGCCCGUUUCACCCGACAAAGAUUACGUUUUCCCAAAUAGCGGAACACUGUCGUCGAAGGAAUAUCACAUGGGUGGUCAAAAGAUACGAAUUACCGAGGACAUAGCCAUGGAUAAUUCAGACAUUCCAACAAAGAUUUCGAACGAGCAUUCUAACAACACGAUCAUGCGUGAGAACGGGCAACAUUUUCGCGUGUUUGAACACGAAGCACGCAACAACUGUCGUGGAAACAUUCAUGACGUUCGCAUGGAGAUUCCUGCGAUUUAUGCAAACGAAACGCACGCGAGUCCAGACGAUCACGUGGGUGCGGCUAAGCUGCACGUGAACAGUCGCGAGCUCCACGCAAGUCUGCCGGGUUUGAUGCGUGCAGACGCCGCCAACGAGGUGCACGCAAACGGGCAAGUUGUCCACGCAAAAGGCGAUGGUCUUAUUGGCGAGAUUUGGCGACCUAACGGUCAGGAAGACAGGCGCUUUGAACAUAACCUACAUGUUGACUACAUGAAGUACAAGGAAGUUGGCAUAAACAGCGAUGGUCGAACACGUGCUGAUUUUCAGGGUAAACUUCACGAUCAAGAUUUCAAUAACGUGCGCACGAACGGUCCGCCCGAGAUUCGCGCAAACGGUCACGAAUUUUCUCCCAGCAAUGGCUACGAUUUUUAUGCAAAUAGCCACGAAUGGCGCGCAAACAGUCAAGACUUUCGACUCGGCGCCCAGGAUUAUCGUGGUAACGAACACGAGUUUGGUACGAAUGCUCACGAUUUCCGAGCGAGUUAUCAAGAAAUUCGUGCGCAUAACCAAGAAAGCGAACCGCUGUACUCAAAAAUAAACGCAGCAGAAAGCGGGGAUAGCUUGACCUUUGGGGUACCGAAUGGUUUCCUCCACUACAUCAAUCAAGAAUCUGCCCAGGUUUAUCAUUGACAGAAUUAUAUCCUGUUACAAAAUAUCAGAGGUGUUGUUUUAGGAUGUAACAAGAGGGUACUCCAAAUUAAUGUGGGCCAGGGUGCAGGAAGAGGGAAGUUUUGGAAAACAAGGGGUCACUUCCAAUGUGGGUAAUUGUGUGGGUGGGUGCUUGAAGCCUUGAAACACCAUUUCUGAAAAUUGAACAUUUUUUUUGUUUUCUUUAUCAAUAUUGUUAAUAUUUAUAGCUGCUUUAAUAUUAAUAGUUGCCUCUUUUAUUUGAACUGCCUUGUAAAAUUUAGGAGCCUCAGUCCCCAAAAAUUAACAUGAAAUUUAACAACUUCAGUAGAACUUGGCAGUGAUUUAAUCUAUCUAGAUUUUAAUCUAAUGCACCACAAUCUGGGUUGAUAAUGAAUUGAUUUAAUUCUUGUUGAUUGUAAUCUGAUAUUGAUUUCAGUAACUAAUUGAUUCAGAACACAUUGAGCUUACCUUUUCCAUGAACUCAUCUGAUCUACCUUCAUCCAUGAACUCAUCUGAUCUUCUCCUAAUCCAAUCUAAUACUGAAUUGAUACAAUCCUAUCCUCCCUAAUUUAUCUGACCAAAGAUUACUUGAUAUUUCUGUUUACCUGCUGAGGCACACAGCUCACUGGAUGGAGUCAUAGAGAAACCAGAAUACCUUCGACAGGGUGGCUGUGAUGAAUGGUUAUGAUACUAGAAGGCCAUGAUUGUCCCACAUCUCCACAGUGUUUUCAUACAAAACUAUAUAACAAUUAUAUAACAAUUUAUACAAAUAUAUUAUUUUUGUUG